GUUUGCUACAAAACUACAAAACAAAAUACUACUGCGUUAUCCUCUCCGUCCCUCCCUCUCUCCGUCUCCGUGUCUCUCUUACUAAAACCCUCCUGCGUCCCCCAUUCUAUUAUAGGGUUUAGAGAAUAAUCAUCCGAAAUUCAAUAGAAAUGGCCUCUCAAUCUGCCAACCUGUGGGUGCUGCUGGGAUUGGGCUUGGCUGGAAUUCUGCUUGUAACGAGAAAGCUCAAGAAAGCCAUCAGGGAAGACUUCGGCGCGUUUAUUGAGAAGCUUCAGCUGCUUCCUCCUCCUCCGCCGCUUCCACCCAAAGCUCCGCACCCUCUCACUGGCCUUACGUUCGCUGUUUCCGACGUAUUUGACAUUGAUGGACAUGUGACCGGAUUUGGCCAUCCAGACUGGGUGAAUACGCAUGAAAAAGCUACCUGUACAUCUCCUGCGGUUACUGCUCUUGUUGAAGGAGGCGCUACUUGCAUUGGAAAAACUGUUGUGGAUGAACUAGCAUAUGGUAUUAGUGGAGAAAAUAAGCAUUAUGGUACACCCACCAAUCCUGCAGCACCUGCAAGAUUACCAGGUGGUUCCUCUAGUGGGGCUGCUGUGGCUGUGGCUGCUAAUCUUGUUGACUUCUCAUUGGGUGUUGAUACGGUUGGUGGCGUGAGAAUACCUGCUGGAUUUUGUGGCAUUUUAGGAUUCCGACCCUCGCACGGGGCUGUUUCUCAUGUGGGCAUUAUUCCUAUUUCAACAAGCCUUGAUACAAUUGGAUGGUUUGCCAAGGAUCCUAAUAUUCUACGCCGUGUUGGCCAUGUGCUGCUGCAACUUCCAUAUGCAGUUCAACGCAAUCCCAGGCAAAUUAUCAUUGCUGAUGAUUGCUUUCAACUUUUAAAGAUUAAUGUUGACAGGGUUGCUCAAGUGGUCAUCAAAUCCACCGAGAAGCUUUUUGGAAGACAAGCAUUGAAGCAUGAAAAUGUUGAAGACUAUCUCAAGUCUAAAGUUCCAAGCUUGAAAGAGUUUCACAGCCAGAAAUCAAAUGGUGAAUUGAAAACUUCUUCCAUGAGAUUGCUUGCAAAUGUUAUGCAGUUUCUUCAAAGACAUGAGUUCAAACGUAAUCAUGCGGAAUGGAUUAGUUCGGUAAAGCCUGUUUUGGAUCCUGCAAUCUCAUCACAAAUAUUCGGAACACUUGAGAUGCCUGAUACAGUUUUUGAAAGCUACAAAUCAAUCAGGGAUGAAAUGCGGUCUGCUAUGCACUCUCUUUUGAAGGAUGACGGAAUUCUGGUGAUCCCUACCAUUGCUGAUACUUCUCCAAAACUUGGUGGGAAGGAGAUUUUGUCAGAGGACUACCAGAGCUGUGCAUGUAGUUUAUUGAGUAUUGCUAGCAUAUCAGGCUGCUGUCAGGUCACAAUACCACUAGGAUUUCACAACAAGUGUCCUAUUUCAGUAUCCUUGAUAGCCAGGCAUGGCGGUGACCGCUUUUUACUAGAUACAGUGCAUACCAUGUAUACAUCUCUGCAGGAGCAGGCCGAUACUGCUUCCAAACCUAAAUCAUCUAGAAAUGUUCUGAGCAAGGAGCAGUCUGCUGAGAUUGCUAAAGAAAAGGGCAACCAAGCAUUCAAGGAUAUGCAGUGGCAGAAGGCUAUUGGCUUUUAUACAGAAGCUAUCAAACUCAGUGGCAGUAAUGCAACAUAUUACAGUAAUAGGGCUUUAGCAUAUCUGGAACUGGGGAGUUACCUUCAAGCUGAGGCAGAUUGUACUCAAGCUAUCACUCUUGAUAAAAAGAAUGUAAAGGCCUAUUUACGAAGAGCCACAGCAAGAGAGAUGCUAGGCUAUUAUAAGGAAGCAAUUGAAGAUUUUAGAUAUGCACUUGUCCUUGAGCCAACCAAUAAAAGAGCAACACAAUCUGUUGAAAGAUUAAGGAAGCUAUUUCAAUAGGUUAUUCGAGAUUAAGCAAACUUCUUGGAGGCUCAAGAAUUGGUUCCCAUCCUGCAGAGCCGUGUACCCUUUCAGAAGGUUGAUGAUUGCCAGAUGUCUCAACAUUUUUAUUUGACAAUGACUUUUUUGGGGUCUUAUUUACGAGUUAAGAAGAGAAUCUAUACCUUCCAAAAAGAGAGAGAUACAAGAAACUUUUCGUUGUUUUUGCGGUCUAGAAAAGAUUUUGUUGCUUAAUGGAAGUAUAGUUCAGUUUUGUUUAUUUUAGAGUUUUUCAUUCAGGAUGUACUACUUGUAAGGCCAGUUUUAAUUCCUCUUGUGGAAUUAACUCUUCGUGAUAGUAAUUUCCAAUUUUUCAA